AUGACCUUCUUCAUCCGUCUUCAUUCCUGGUUAUGUCUGCUUCUUGUCGUUUCGUUAUCAGUGAUAGCUACUCCGGUGGAUACCAAUGCCGCUAGACUUCGACGAGGUUUACCCCCUAAAGCUCCCUUGCGAAGAUACAAUGCUACUUCUACAAGACACGCUCAGUCGAAACGAUCACCCGCUGCGAACAUUUUAUACAUUCAAGCAGAACCUGUUUUGACUGGCAAACGUGAUCUUUCGGAACGAGCGGGAACACCACACGAUACUCUCUCUUACACGACGGAUCCUACCCAAGCCGUAUCGUUUCACGUUUUGAAUGGUGCUGGUACGGAACAAGAUAUGCAGAUGUAUUCAGGGGGUAGCAAUCUGGGCUACAUCGACGCCAAAACAUGGAACAAUGCAGGAGUUAAUAAUUUGAAUGCAGACACUCUCCUCUCUUUAUACUUCGCGACAGGUUCCCAAGUUUCGAUAGCUUCUUCAUACGGAUCCGGUCAACAGUCGGCUACUUGGACAAUACCAUCAGACGUACCAUCAACAGUAGGAUUCACAUAUCACAAUCAAGAUGGUACCAUCACGGUCAACGCUCCUUUUUACGUCUUCGAUACUACAUUUUCCGGUGUCAAUCAACUUGGUUCUACGCUGGACCCACCAUCGCUUAACAACCCCAAGACACAGGUCACUUUGACUUGGUUGAACAGUCUCCCCUAG